CGCCCCUCCCCUGCCUCUCCAGCAUCAGCAACUCCAAACCGAACAACCCGACCCGGCAGGAGGAGGAUGCUCUUAGCUCCGUGAUGCUCAGCGGCUCGGGGAAACAUAGCGACGGACGGCCGAGCUGCAUUUGUGCUGCCUCGCUGCCUUCAUUCAUGAUCCACCAUUCAUGCGUCCCCAAGAAUGGAAGCGCACAGCGAGGAAAACAGUAAAUUAGCCCGCUAUAGCGCCGCUGUCUCGCCUUUGUAACGCAUCCUAGCGCAUUUGAUGGAGCUUCUUUUCAUGUAGGUCAAAGUGAUGAAGAGCCCGCUUUUGUCUUUCGAGGGCGCCGUGCCGAUGUGGGGCUAACGCGGGCAGAGCCGAGCGAACAAAAGGCAUCCAGCCCCCCUCCUCUGACGCACCUGGCUGCCCUGUCGCCGCUUGACAUGACAGCGCCGAGCCUGGAGCUGAGCAGCAGGAUCAAGGGGCACCGACGUGCAGCCGGACGCGUGGACUCGACAAGGAACCGGGGAGCCUCCGCACGCGCGGCGGACAAGAAGCGGCAGCCCGAGGGAGGCCGGAUUGCAGUUUCUGGGGACGAGCGCCAAGGGCAGUGCGGCAGUCAGCAGGCAGACCGGGGGGAGGAGGCUGCGGAGAUCGGUGAUACUUCCCCUCUAGUCCCCAAGUUGUCCAGAAAAUACAAUGGCGGAUGUUUUCACGUUUGAUCGGUGGUGACUGUGAUUCUCCCAGUUGUGCUCCAAAUUGUCCCUCCCAGCCAAUCAGUGAUGGGCAAUUAGAAGAUCACAUCUCAUAGGAAAGGGGUGGAACCCGGAGGGGACUGAUGUACAUACUGGCCAGGUAUCAUUUGCUCCCUUCCUCUUCGGUUUUGCUCGUUCUGCUUGUCGCCGGCACAAUGGGCUGUAUUCAGAGCAUCGCGUGCAAGCCCCGCAUCCGACGGGAGAACAUUGUGGUGUAUGAGGUGUCCGCCUCCAUCGACCAGUGUCCCACCAUCAUCGAGGAGAACUCGCCCAUCGUGCUCCGUUACAAGACGCCGUAUUUCCGGGCCUCGGCGGGUGUUGUGAUGCCACCGGUGCCCCGUAAUGAGACCUGGGUGGUGGGCUGGAUCCAGGCCUGCACCCAGAUGGAGUUCUACAACACCUAUGGUGAUAUUGGCAUGUCCAGCUGGGAGUUGCCAGAACUGCGAGAGGGUCGGGUCAAGGCCAUCAGCGACUCGGACGGCGUCAGCUACCCUUGGUACGGGAACACGACGGAGACGGUGACGCUGACCGGCCCGACGUCCAAGCCGUCGCGCCUGACCGUCAGCAUGAAUGACAACUUCUACCCCAGCGUGACCUGGGCCGUGCCCAUCAGCAACAGCAACACGCCCAUGCUGACCCACAUCACCAGGGACCAGAGCUUCAUCACCUGGCUGGUGGCCAUGAACUCCAUCACCAAGGAGCGCAUUGUGCUGCAGACGGUCCGAUGGCAGAUGAAGGUGGACAUCGCCGUGGACCCGGACAUGCCUCUGGGCUCCCGGGCCUCGCUGGUGGGCCGUCCGUACCAAGAGCAGCCGCACAUCCUAAACUACCAGGAGCCCAUUCCUCCCAACGCCCUCGGGAGGCCCAACGCCAACGACGCCCAGGUGCUGAUGUGGCGACCGCGCCGGGGGGCGCCACUAGUGGUCAUACCGCCAAAAUAAGAGCCUCCGCUCGCGUCGCGGACAACGGUACCAUUCCUCCUCUUUCAGACGGGGGGAGGGGGAGCAUAAGGGUGAAGUCGUGAAGACAGGACGGUCUUCCUGGGCUGGAGAUGCCAGCGGCUCACUACCCUUGAAAGCUUUGGACCAUGAGCCAGGGUGGAUAUUGUUUCCUGGACCCGGCACAGCGCAGCGUUCUAUAAACUCGCGUCAAGGCCGUGGAGGGAGGUCAAGGCCCGUCUGACUGCUUGGAAGAGUUCUGCCUGCCUUUUAGCAAAGCUGGAACGCUGUUUUUAAACGUGCCACAGAGGUGUUUACGCCGCAAGGAGAACUGCGUCCUGCAUCCUUCUGUAGAUUUUAAUGCAUGAGAGCGAUAAAGAAACGUCCCAGAGGCGUUGGAGAACAGCAUUUGUUUUGUAAAACUUGAUACGCGAAGACGUUUUGAUUGAAAAGUCAGCCAAAAAAAAAAAAACCCCACACACACACACACACACAACCCUGUGGCUGGUUAAACCUCAUUGGUGCCAAUAAAGGCCUUCAGCACACUCAGUACCAGAAUUUAAGGAUGUAUUCAGAAGAUUUAAGAUUAUAUGAUAUUAUACGAACCUUUUUAGGUUAAGAUUAUAAUCUCAUUCAUCAUUCAGAUUGUAUUAAACACCCACCUGGCAUAAAUGUCUGAAAGAAAAACACACCUGCUCUUACUUUGACUGGAGUCUUUGCUAAUACACCAAACUUAUGCACAGUGUUGGAACUUGUCAGCCUCUUUAGUGCAGCUGAUAUUGUAUUUAGAAGUGUGACAAACUAUCAGGGCAUCUGAUAGUCUGGACCUGUUCUUGCACUGAGUAAAUGUCAGCUGCUGGUUCAGUAAGUGCAGUAUAAGAGACUUGGAGGAGUGCCAGACAGCAGUUUAAACAAGCAACCAUAGCCUCACAUCGUAUGUAAUAGACUCACACCGAGGGUGAGUCCAACGCGGCUCUAAACACAUGUAGAUUGUUUUAACUCAAGGUCUAUUCUGCAGAUGAUCAUGGCUGAAGCCCGGUCCCUGCCGCCGUUCCUCAGUCGGGUCACAUGACUCCAUGUCCAUCUGUGCUCUCUCCAGGUUCACGCCUCACCUUCCCAUCUGCCUUCUCCCAGCCCGUCCACCUCAACACGCACAUGACUACAGCAGCAACGUCGCCCAUUCGCUCUGAAAUCCACAACUAUGCAAAGAUUGUGACUGUCAACAAAUAUCAGCGAAAAGAGAAAAAAAGACACGCUGGCAAAAUAAUUUCUUGUUCAUCUGCCUGUCCUGUUUUGAUUCGCCGGGGUCUUUGUUGAAUACAAAUGUUUGUUACUACAAUGUGAGAUACUCAGAGGUUAAAAUAGGUUAUUUGCAUUUGCCGCUGCAUCACAGCUCAUUCAGCCAUCUGUUGCUAUAGAGACUGGUCUGGUUUUGCACUGCAACUUGAACUGGAAAAAAAACUGUUCAAAAUA